AUGACUGAUGAUGACGCGCAUAAAGGCGAAUCGCUUUUCCUGCGCUAUCUACAGACGCUGAAACCGGAUGAGAGGCAACGACUAUUCGCCACGCCGGCGUCGGCCUUUUUCAUCUUUCGAAUGCUGCCCAGCCACGCGCAGACCACGAUCGUGAAGAUGAUUUGGGACAAAAAAUUGUAUUCGGGCUUGACGAAGGAAGGGCACGAGGUGGUACGGCAGCAAAUCGGAUUGCUCUCACGUUGCGGUCUGGUUGAGGAAACCAACAGCAAGCCCAGGUUGCUGAAAGCAUUUCGUGACGCUUACCUCAAAGCUUCCGUCCUGGGCGCCUACGGAUGUGCUGGAUUGCGCGCUGUCUCCGAGGGCGACGAGAAAAAGGCGAAGAAGGACAUCACGAAAAACAGCACCGAAAGAUGGGAAUUGGUUUUACGGUACCUCGCCAUUCCUUCUGACCAAAGCCUCAGCACAGUGGCGCAGAAAACAAAACAACUAUUCAAGGCUGCUGGCUUCACCACAUCCUGUGACGGCACGCCAGAGCUGACGUCUGCUGGAUUCCACUUUCUGCUCCUCAGUCCGGUGCAACAAAUGUGGACGUAUAUGAUUGAGUAUUUCAAGUUCGAGCGGCACGGGACGAACGACGUCGUUGAGGUGCUGGAUUUGUUCAUUCGGAUUGUUUUAUGUGUCGAAUCGAAAAUAGACCUCGAAAUCGGCGGCCGCCCAUUCUACCUCGAAGAUUCGUGGACCGAACGGCAGCUCGAAAUUGUCAUGCAUCUACGCGAAAUCGGUCUCGUCUACAUUCGGAAGCGGAAGGACGGCCAUUUUUACCUCUCGCCGCUCCUCUGCAACCUUACGAUUCCGUCGGACGAUAUAGAUGCGAGUAUGCAACGAAGAGAGGGAUGUCUCGUCGUCGAGACAAACUAUCGCGUUUACGCGUACACGGCAUCCAGCUUGCAGCUGGCCAUCUUGUCGACAUUUACCGAAUUUUUGUACAGGUUUCCAAAUAUGUGCGUCGGGGUGCUGACGAGAGAUUCUGUGCGGAAAGCGCUACAGGUGGGCAUCACCGCCCAGCAGAUCGUCUCCUAUUUGCGGAUGAACGCACAUCGACAAUCGCUCUCUCGCUUCGGACCGAUUCUCUGCGUUCCCAUCACCGUCGCCGAGCAGAUUCAGCUCUGGGAAGAGGAGCGGAAGCGGCUUACAUACCAGGACGUCGUCUUGUACACUGGCUUCGAGUCGGCACGAGAAUACGACGGCGUCAAGCAGUAUGCCGAGGAGAAUCAAAUACUGUUGCAUUCUGACGGGUCGCAUAACAGGAUGAGCGUCGUCGUCAGCGAGGAGGGUCACGAGAAAGUGCGAGAAUGGUGGCGCAGCACAAAGCACACGUUCACCCAG